AUGUCAUUCAAAAAUUUAUUACAGGAGGUUGGCUUUGAAAAUGUAGUACCGGAAAAGUUAUUACCCAGUCUUUUACAAAUUAAACCAAAUGAAGUAGAUCAAGGUAUUGCGUUGGUAUUGGCGGAAAUUCUAAUACCUGGCUCACAAGGGUUUGUGUAUACCGCUGCACCGGUUAGUUUACCUGAAUCUAAUGCUAAAGGUGCUCAAUUGCAAGCAUGUUUUAGAACCAUUGAAGAACUGGAUAAUCUCAGUGUCAACUGGUAUGAAGUUUUCAACUACUUGCAACAGAAUCUCUUUGAAUCAAGUCAAAGAAAUGUUCAACCUUCAGUAGCCAGUGUAUCACAAUUCCUAUCAUCAUUGGAUUUCAAACAGGAUCCAAUUGAUAUUUUCCUUAAUUAUGAAUGGUGGUUUGACAAGACAUUAUUGUAUAUUUUACAAACUUGUGAUGCCUCUCAAGGUGGUUAUGACAUUGCAUUGUCCAAAAACUUACUGUUGUGUUUUGAAGAAGAUCGUCAAACUUUUGGUCAACCACAAUUGAGAAGAAAUAUAUUAAAGUUUAUUAAUGUGGGAAAAUUGGAAUUGCAAGUUAUAACCAAAGUACAAGCACAACAAGUACAACAAAACUUGAGUGAACAAGAUCAUAAACUCAAUGCAUAUUUGAAUCAGGUAUUUGAGCGUGACUAUAGAGUAUUCCCCGAAUAUGUGUUGACAGCAGCAUUGUCAGUUAUUGAAAAGACCCCAUUUAUCAAUGACUUGAUAGAUACCUUGUUUUACUUGUUGAUGGAUAAUGAUUCACCGGCAUUACCUAAAGUGGUGCGUACAUUACAAGAACAAGGGCUCGUUGUGGGUAAAAUUCUUGACUACUACAAUAGUAGAAACACUUUUGCCGCUGCUGAAAAGACAGUUGCUGUGAGCUCAAAAUUGAAUAUCUUGGAUCAAGUAUUGCAACAAUUGGAGAGCAUUGACGUCAAAUUAGCAGUGAAGUUUCUUAUUGAAUCAUCGUUUUUUAAUUAUGAUUACAGAAAGAAGUUGGAGUCGAAAUUGAAUGAUCAGCAGUUGAAGAGUUUGGUUUAUCUGUCGUUGUUGGAUGUGAUUACUGAGAGAGCUCAACGAGACUACGAAACGGUUCAACAACAUCAACAACAUCAACAACAGGAGCAAUUACCAAUACAAACACAAACCAAACCUUUACCCAUGUUGAAACUUGAAACUACUUAUUACCUUCUUGAAAAAUUAAAAAGCAGUAAUGGAUUAGUUGAUUUGGAGAAGUUGAAAAAUUUACAAAUAUUAUUGUUGACCACGUAUCCAAGAUUGAUCAAUUUUGGCAAUGGUCAUGAUGAAGCCAUACUUGCAAAUGAAGCCAAAUCAAGUUUCUUCCCUGUUGAUGUUGAAUUGGAAAUGAAAGAAUAUUAUUCGAAAAUGUACAACAAGGCUCUUGAUAUACCAGAAAUCGUCAACGUUUUAAUCAAGAUGAAAUCAAGUGAUGACCCCCAUCAACAGGAUGUGUUUGCAUGCAUGAUACAUUCCUUGUUGGAUGAAUACAAAUUUUUCGGUGAGUACCCGCUAGCUGCACUAGCAUCAACGUCGCUACUUUUUGGAGCCUUAUUGGAAAAUGAUUUGAUUCAUGGUACAACUUUAACAGUGGCUUUAAAUUUUAUUUGGGAAUCAUGUAAUCAACUGCCAGAUUCGAAAAUGUUUAAGUUUGCAGUUCAAUCUUUGUACAAUUUCAAAUCAAAAUUGCAUGAGUAUCCAAUAUAUUGUAAACAUUUAUUGGAAUGUCGUUCGUUAUCAACCCAUGCUAAAAUGUACAAAAUCGUUAAAGAUGCAGCUAAUGGUAUUCCUUGCGGUGCUGGAACGAGUGGGUCCAAGAGUGGAAGUACCCCAAGUACAACUCCAGAAGUAGGACCAAAGUAUCAAUCGAUUAAUUACGUUGAACAAACAAUUGGCUCAGCUCAACAGGUUGAUCCGCCCGAGGAAAUUAGAGAUAAGUUGCUCUUUUCUGUUAACAAUAUGACUUCGGAGAAUUUACGAGUUACCGAAAUUGGUGAGGUGUUGAAGGAAGAAUAUUUUGCUUGGUUUGCUGAUUACUUGGUUGCUGAUCGAGCCAAAGCCGAACCUAAUAAUCAUGCAUUGUAUUCAAAUUUGGUGCGGACUUUAGACAACGCCAUUUUCAAGGAAUAUGUAAUGAACAUCACCAUGAAGGAAGUGUAUCACCUUAUCAGAAACUCAAAAGAUUCACGUACUGAUAGGAACAAACUCAAGAACCUUGGUGCUUGGUUGGGAAGAAUCACCUUGGCUGAGGAUAAACCAUUGAGAAGAGACUUGAUUGCGAUAAAAUUUUUGCUUGUCGAGUCAUAUGAUUUUGAUUCAUUGAGUUUGAUCCUCCCUUUUGUUUGUAAAAUCUUGAGUCAAAUUGAAAACUCCAAAGUAUUUAAACCUCCAAAUCCUUGGGUUUUGGGUAUUUUCCAAGUCUUGUCUGAAUUGUAUCAAUUUGCUGAUUUGGUGUUACAACUUAAAUUUGAAGUUGAAGUAUUGUUGAAAUUGUUUGAUAUGAAGAUUGAAGAUAUUGAACCAAGUCAAUUGAUUAGAAAACAUGAUAAAGAUCCAAGUCGUUUGGCUGCCGCGUUUGGUCUCUUGCCCCAAGCUGGUGAAAAUCUUGCUUCGGAAAUGGCUCGUUUGAAUAUAGAACAACCACAAACGUUGUCUAAUUUCAAUACUAUGGCUCAAUUGCCAUCUCAGACAUUUGAUAAACCGUUCCAGCAAUUACAAGCCCCUGGACAACUAAUGGUACCACAGCAACAACAACAGCCUCAACAGGCCAGUUCAAUGCAAUCUUACCAACAGCAACCACAACAAGGACAAGUGGAAUCUGGGGUGGAUACCAGUUUCAGUACUCUUGUUGGGAAUACUAUUUUCACUCAACAUGCCAACUUGAGAAGAGCCCUUCAAGCAUCAUUGACAAGAGCUGUUCGUGAAUGUGCCAUGCCGAUAUUAAAUAGAGUAUCGGAAGCAGUAUUGGUGACUACCGAGUUUUUAAUCAAGAAGGAUUUCGCUACCGAAAAGGAUGUUGGUAAAAUUAGAAGAUCGUACCAUAGGAUGGCCCAACAAUUGUCACAUAGCAUGGUGUUGUGUUCAGGCAAAAAGAUGCUUGCUGAUACCAUCGAGGCGACAAUGUUGCAACUUCUUGGUAACAAUCCUAGCGAGAUACCUAUAAUGGAAUUAAACAGUGCUAUUCAAUCAAAUGUGGGACUUUGUGUUGAUAUUGUCGAUAAAAUUGCUGCAACUAAUGUAACUGAUUUGAUUGAUGAAAGAAUGAAACCAUAUAUUUUGAAACGUGAGCGUCAUGCUGGUGACGAUAUAUUUGUUGAAGAAGGUACACCUGAUUAUUCAUUGAGAUUGCCAGAACCAUUGGGAUUGAAUCCAAAAGGAUUGAGUCCCCAACAAUUGAAUAUUUAUGAGCAUUUUGGUGAAUUGAGAAAUGAGCUGCUUGAUGGUCUUCGUGCUGCUGGGUUAACUCCAACUGGUGCACCAGCAAUUCUCGCACAUCCUCAACCACAACAACUUGCUCAACAACAGCCACAGGCACAAAUGCAGGGUCCGUCACAACUUGGUCAAGAUUUCCCUGUGCAACAACAAACAUCGCUUGUUCAAGAGGAUAUCAUACCUUUGGAACAAUUGUUUACUGCUAUUACUCAAUAUUGUGAAAAAGCGGUGCUGUUAGUAUCUGAAGUGUCGGAGAGUAAAUUAUCCGAUUUGCCUCCAAACCAUCCAAUUAUGGCAACUUUAACUCAAGCAUUGGCCAUGGCCCAAAGCAAUGCGUUGAAGUAUUCUGACUUGUUAUUGAGAGCUGCGCAAUAUGCUGUAAACUGCUUGUUUACUCAAGUGCACAAUAAUCCAAUGAGUAAUGAAAUAUAUGUUGUUAUUCUUGACAAGUUGUGUGAAUUUUCUCCCUCAACGGCUAAGGAUGUUAUUUGGUGGUUAGUUAAUUCAUCAGAUCAAAGGAAAUUCAACAUGCCAGUGAUUUUGUCUUUAUUGAAAGUGCAAUUAAUCCAACCUAUCAAGCUUGAUGAAUCGAUUAGCAAAUUGAUUAAGGAAUCGCAUAAUCCAGCAAUUGUCAAAUUUGGUGCUAGUUUGUUAUUGAAUGUGUUCACUGCUGAGGAAUCAGUACGUCCAAUUGCAUUGAGAUCGGAGUUUGCCAAGACUUUGGAUGCAUUAUAUGAAUAUAAGAAAUUGCAAUUGACUAGUGAAGAAGAUAAGCAAGCUCAAAUUGAAGUUGAUAAAUUGUUUGAUGUGUUGAAUACGGCAAAACCAGCUACAUCUGAAUUGUAUACGCAGUUGGGUUAUGUCUUUACUGAAUGGGUGAGGUUAUUGAGUCAUGGUGAUCAAGAUACUAGAGCUGCACAAGAGAAAUUUGUUGCUGGAUUAGUUGAGCUGGGAAUCUUAAACAAUGCUGAUUACUUCAAGACGUUUUGGAAAGCAGGCAUUGAUAUAUCGACACUUGUUUUCGCUACUGAGCAAGAACUUAGAAGUAGGACACAACAUGAAGCAUACUUGUCAAUUGAUUGUUUGGCCAUUUUGAUCGUGAGGAUUGUUUUGAGUGUUGAAGAUGAACAACAAGCAGUCCACUGUUUGAAAAAGAUUAUUGCUGUGAUUGUAUUGAAUUUGGUAACUGAUCAUGAAAAUAAAUCAGCUUGGAAUGAUCGUCCAUAUUUUAGAUUUUUUUCAUCAUUGUUGUCCGCUUGGAGUGAUGCGUCAAUAUUGGAUCAAGAUGCAACAAAGAAGCUUGAUGUUGAUUUCUAUACCUUUCUUGGUGAUAUUUUCAAUUCAUUACAACCUAUUGUUCUUCCCGGUUUUACAUUUAGUUGGAUUGCAUUGAUUAGUCAUCGUUUGUUCUUACCACAAAUUCUUGAAUUACCUGAUAAAGUUGGAUAUGGAAUUGGUGUGAAAUUGUUGACUUCGUUAUUGAAGUUUCAACAAACUUAUCAAAACAAGGAAAGUAACCAUGAUGUGUUGAAUGUGGUAUUCAAGGGAAUCAAUAGAAUCUUUGUUGGGUUGAUUCAUGAUUAUCCUGAAUUUUUAGUUGAAUGUCAUUACCAAUUGGUUACUGCUAUUCCAAGAGGAUAUAUUCAAUUGAAAAAUAUCGUGUUGUCGGCCACUCCAAAGGAUAUAAUUGUACCAGAUCCAUUUACCCAAGGCUUGAAAGUUGAACGAUUACCAGAAAUUAAUGAUGCUCCAGUCAUUUACUACAAGCCGAUUGAGGAUUUGGCAAAAGUUGGUUUAAAGAAACCAGUGGAGAAUUUCUUGCGCAUUCCAGCACCUGGAUUAAUGAGAACGAUAUACAAUGGACUUAAAUUGAUUCAACCGAAGACAACAGAUGAAUUUGGAUAUACAGAAACAACCACAUUCAAUGCUAAAUUAAUCAAUGCAUUGGUGUUACAUGUGGGAAUGAAUGCAGUUGCUGAAAGAAGCCCCACAAAUCGUGGGUUCAAUACUAAGACUUCACAAGUUGCAUUGCUUGUUGAUUUGAUGAAUUAUGGAUCCAAUGAGUUCAAAUAUAUCAUGUUGAACGGUAUUGCUAAUCAAUUGAGGUACCCCAACAGCCACACCCAUUGGUUUAUUGGAAUCAUCUUACACUUUUUCAGUUCAAAUUCAAUUUGGAAUUCAUCAACAAGUACCAAAUUGGCAGUUCAGGAGAUUAUAACUAGAGUUCUUUUGGAGAGAAGAAUUGUCAAUAAGCCACAUCCUUGGGGAUUGACUAUAUUGUUUACUGAGUUGGUUAAGAAUGAGAGUUAUGGGUUAUUUGAGUUGCCAUUUGUUAAAAACUCGAUUGAUGAGAUCAAGACUAUAUUUGAUACUUUGUCUACUAAUGUCAAGGGAUCAAGUUGA